ACGACGGUAGCCAAUCUGAUCGUGCGUGAAGACGGUCGUAAAUCACUUGCUCUUGCUCGGUAUCCCUUGCUCCCACCAAGCUCUGUUCUGCUGACUCAGUGCCUUAUAGUAGUCCUUUCUCUCGCCACAGACCAGAACUGCGACGUUUGCUUCGGUAGCCUACUCCAGACUUACUGCACCAACGACAACUAUGGCUAAAACCGCAAUUGCAUACAAAGAGAAGAUGAAGGAGCUGUCUGUCAUCUCUCUCAUCUGCUCCUGUUUCUACCCAGAGGCACGCAACAAGCUGGUGUGCGAGUUUGAAGACAUGGAGGUGAAGCCGAUCAAUAAGCGGGCCUCCGGACAGGCCUUCGAGGUGAUCCUCAAGCCCCCAUCCCCCAUGUCCGAUGCCACCCACAGCAUCACCUCGCCCCCCAAGAAGAGGGACGUCUCCUUGGAGGACAUCCAGAAGAAGCUGGAGGCGGCCGAGGAUCGGAGGAGAUCCCAAGAGGCCCAGGUGCUGAAGGCCCUGGCUGAGAAGAGGGAGCACGAGCGAGAGGUCCUCACCAAGGCCAUGGAGGAGAACAGCAACUUCAGCAAGAUGGCGGAGGAGAAGCUGACCCUGAAGAUGGAGCAGAUCAAGGAGAAUCGCGAAGCCUACCUGGCCAACAUCAUGGAGCGUCUGCAGGAGAAGGAGAAGCACGCCGAGGUGGUGCGGAGGAACAAGGAGUUGAGAGAAGAGCUGACGGCAUGAGCUCCGCUCACUCCCCCACCGGCCCCGCCCCCCUGCCAACCCCAGCGUACCGCAGCACAGCGUACAGCCGGAGGACCGCCCACCCCCUCGCCCCUCCCACUUACAACCCCGAAACACAAAAUAAACAUCUCACUCCUCUAAAAUGAAUGAUUUGCUCGAUAUAAAAAAAGUGAAAAUGGGUAUUGUUUUUUGUAAAUACUUCUUUUUUUGUUAUAUGAGACAACGACAACAAAAAAAGUUAUUGCGGUGUUGAAUUUUAUCAUUUUAUUCUGGAUGUUUUUCUGUUUCUUUAAAACCUGCAGCGGUUUGUCUUGUGACCGGCUUCGGUGUUGUGAGUUGCCAGUUAGCUGACGUUUGCAGUGUCUGGUUUCCCCCAUGAUGUCUCUAUCUGUGUCGCUGUGAAGAAUGCAAGCGUUUAGUGUCACUCAACCCCCCAGUUACAGUAGAGGUAGACUUCAUGUGACCUAUUUAGCAUUUACGAGCCCUGUCCUCCUCUCUGUCUCUCUAUCACUCUUUCCCUCUCUUUCACACACAUGCACACGCGUUGACUCGCUGGCUUAGUGGUGUAGCGUAGGCCGCACCAUCUCCUGAACAGAGAUAGCCAAAUCCUGCAUUCUGGGCCAGGGGGAGGUAGGGGGUCAGGGGGGGUUUUUGGACUUUCCCCUGGCUCCGUCAUCAGUCGCCCCCUCUCAUUGCGUAAUAGCGUAUAACCUGCAUGCCUCUCUGACCCCUCUGUAUCACCCUGCCCCCCCCCCCCCCCCCAUCCUCUCAUGCAGUGCACCCAAAUUUUCAUCAAUUGCUCACAGUGGGAGUGCUUUCAUCUCUGGUUCAACUGUGUCUGAAAAGUCUCUGCUUCCUCACCCCAAGCUGAUUGGCAGUUGUAUUGCCCUUGAGCCGUGGUCCCUGGUCAUUGGUCACUUUCCUGUGACACCAUACCGCGACCCUUUGUAUUACUUCCUGGUACUGUUUUUUGCCAAGGUGCGGCACAGGGAAACCAGUAGGGGUAAGAGACUCAAACAAAUGUGGCAUAAUAAGUCGUCUUUAUAGAAUUUUAGCAUUUUACAGUGUUAAAGCAGUCUUUUAAAACACAAAAACGAAAUUGAAAAGACUUUGGAAUGGAAGCAGAUCGAGGGAAGGACCAAAAACAUGCAUGCCGUACCGUAAGAUAUACAUGCACUCUGCUGCGCACAUACUAUUCAAUGACACAGGGCUGAGGAAGUGCACAGGCAGGGAGUAGACAUGACACACCAAGUCUUUGUCAGUGCAACUUCCUGCUCGCACGUCUCCACGCGCGCACACGCGUGCUCCUGAGGGUGUGCUGAAUGUCACAGGCAUGUCCCUUCUCUCUCCGGACACCGAAACGGAGAACGGGGGCAGACCGGCGCACCUGUAAAACACUGCUGUACUUCUCUCUCUGCCUGCAACCUUUGCUUCCUGUUUGUGUUUCUCUCUCCCACAUAUAUCUUUGUGAGCAAGCUGUGCUGAAUAAAGGUUUGGGGUGCAGUGUG